GAUCAGUAAAACACUCGAACUGAAAUAGUACAUCAACUGAACAACAGAAACAAAUACAAAUACUGGUUCGAACGUAAACAAAUAAAACGCACAUCAUAACACAAGCAAAACACGAUAUCCAUAAAACAUAUUGCUACAAAUAGAGUAGAAGAUCCCGCACAAUGGCAAUGCGUGGCGACUUAAAUGACGUAAACUUCGGGAGCUAUGGGGAAUAUAUGAAAUCGUUUACCAAAGUUGAGGACUACCGCUAUUUGGGCAGCAAAAAUGUCAUAAAUGCGCUGGUAAAAGUCGGCUAUCGCACCAAUGCCACAGUAUAUGAAGAGCAUGAAUUCUACAAGCGCAGGCAGCAGCUAAAGGAAUUGACGAACGCAAAGGUGCUAACAACUAGGCUUUAUAGUACUUAUCUGAAAAGUGAUGAUCCGGCGCUAGUUGCCCUGGCCGAACGAGAGGCGCCCAAUGUGCUAAUGAGGCUAUCGACUAUUAUCUUCCUGCAAAUACGGCAGCGCAGUGGCUUCGAUAUAUCGGGUUAUAUAGACUAUGCGGACAGCUUGCGCGCCUGUAGCCUGCGCUUGCUUGGGGCUGCAAAUUGGCAGGCCAUAUUUGAGGGUCGCACUAUGUUGCGGCCCAAUCGCAGCCACUUGAGCUUUUAUGACUGGCACAGUGCGUUCUUUGCCUUCAACAAUAGCGAGAACUACGAAGUCAUCAAUUAUAAAAAAUGUCUCAUGUUCAAGCACACUGGCGAUCAUAAGUUUGUUCCUGUUACAACUACGGAUAGCAUACAUAAGGAUAAUGUGAAGCGCACAUUUAUUGAAUCGCCAUUAUAUGGCUGUGUCAUUUUGUAUGACCAUUUUGUCCGAAAGUAAUCUUAAAUAUUCAAUUUUCUUCAUAAAUAGAAUAAAAACAAA